UUUCUUUCAAGGUGAGGUUGCCUCUGUUCAAAGGAAGAGUAAGGUACCAGGAAUACACAAGGUGCCAAAGACCACACUAUUCACCUAGACUAAGCAAAGCUGUCCCCCAAACGGACUAAAAAAUCACCAUGGCAGAAUUUACAGGUUACAAGGAAACCUCCAGUCGGCACCUGCGGUUCAAACUGCAGAGCCUUAGUCGCCGCCUUGAUGAGCUGGAGGAAGCAACCAAAAAUCUGCAGAAAGCCGAGGAUGAACUGCUCGACCUCCAGGAUAAAGUCAUUCAGGCAGAAGGCAGCAACUCCAGCAUGCUGGCUGAUGUUGAAGCCCUGCGGAAGAGAGUGCUGAAGAUUGAAGGCAAAGAUGAAGAAAUUAGGAAAGCUGAGGAGCUUUGCCGGUUAAUGAAAGAAAAGCUUGAAGAGGAGGAGAGCCUCACCCGAGAGCUGAAGUCAGAAAUUGAGCAUCUGCAAAAGAGGAUGACAGAGCUGGAGAAGCUGGAGGAGGCUUUUGGUAGGAGCAAGAAUGACUGCACACAGCUGUGUCUUAGCCUCAACGAAGAAAAGAACUUGACCAAAAAGAUAUCUACGGAGUUAGAAAUACUCAGAGUGAAAGUGAAAGAACUGGAAGCCUCUGAGGACAGGCUGGAUAAAACUGAACAGAGCUUAACAGGUGAGUUAGAAAAACUUAAAUCCUUAGCUCUGAGCUUCAUCACCGAGAGAAAACAUUUUAAUGAAAGAGAAAAGCAGAAUGAAAAAAUAAUCCAGGAGCUCACACAGAAGCUAGAGCAAAACAAUAAACUGACUAGAGCAGAUCAAACGAGAAAUGCAUCCAACUUGCUAGAAAGGUCAUCAAAUAAUCUCUUGGACAGAAAUGACUUGAGAAUUGAGGAUGACUUGACUUCUGCAUUGCCCUCAAAGGAGGCCAGGAGGAAGGGAAGUGUGGACUACCUGAAGCAUGUAGAAAAUGAAACCAGGGAUAAAUCGGAAAACCAAAAGAAUAAAAAUCAGGAAGACAACAAAGUGAAAGAUCUCACCCAGGAAAUUGAGAAACUUAAAACUCAGAUCAAGCGUUUCGAAUCUUUGGAAGAAGAACUCAAAAAAAUGAAAGCCACAAACAGCGACCUGCAAGACAGUUACCUGAGUGAGCAGAACAAAAACAAGCUUUUAACAGGUCAGCUGGAAGAAAUCAAAAUGCAGAUAAAGAAACAGAAAGAGCUGGAGAAUGGGGAGUUGGAGAAUGAAGACACAAGCUUUUCUGGCAGGGGCAAACAUGACAGACCAAAAUACAGAGGUGUGACAGCUGAUUUGGCCACUGCCAGGCACAAGCCAAGGGAGCUCUCACCACAGCAGCGCCGAGAAAGAACAAGGAACAGAGAUUUCUCUGUCAGUAAUGACAGCUACAGUCAUGGUGGGAAGCAGGUGCUGAGCCCAAGCUUAAUGAACAGAAAAGCAGGAAAGGCAGCUGGUGCAUCUGCCCUUUUAGACACUGCUGGGACAGAUACAAAAAGACUGGAAGAGAAGUCUUCAGUUUCCACUUUUUCUUCUGGUCAGAAGGAAGGCAGUGUCACACAGCACGAGGGGAGGAGAGCAAAGGAGCAGCCGUCUGUCCUUAGCCGCUACCCUCCUGCUGCACAGGAGCAGAAAUCUUGGAAAGCGCCUUCCAGACACGGUGGUGAUGCGGGCCUGAGAUCCAAGGCUGAAAAGCCAUCCCAGGUGCUCCGUGGCAGCUCUGUGGCAGCUGAAACACAGGAUGACAAGUCAAGCAAAGGAGACUCAGUGGCUUCUUUGGCUGAGAAGCUGAAAUCCAGUCAGGCAGAGGUCAGUGAGUACUCAGGGGACACACUGCUUAGCAGGCGUCAUCAUGUCUCUGCCAAUGGCACAGCUUCAUCACACAGGUACCACCUCUCCUCCCACACCUUGGCAUCUGACUCCACUGGCUCUAAAGCAGAAGCAGUGACCACUUCUGCUGCCUCAAACUGGCAGCCCUCAGAGGGGAGGGCUAGAAGAGCAAUAAUGUCCCAGGAAAAAGAAUUUGCAGAGACCUCACUUGAAAGUGCGAAGCCUCCGACACUCACCAAGCGCUCCCAUCACUCCAGGAGUCAGGAGGACAUUCUGCAGAGUCUCACAGGUCUGGAUAAAGAAGACAUGGAGCAGUCUUCAGCAACAGAUCAUGUAAAUGCUGGCUUAAAAAUAGACUCGAGGACCACCCAGAGUAACCAAGAAAAACAUAAUGCAGAUGAAGAAUGGGGAAGAAGCAGAAAAACGGGCACUCAGUCAGAGCUUGAGAUGAGAAAGAAAGUCAGUGCCAAGCAGUUUUCCAAUUCCAGAGCAGUUCCUAGAGCAUCAGUUUUUGACAAUGACAAAACCACUGUCAGUGAGGAAGACUCCACCAAGUGUAUGAAACCAUCAGAAACCAGCGCUGGAGGAUUUCAGCCCAGAAGGUCAUUCAGCCCAAGAGAAGCUCUGAGGUCAAAAGCUGUCAUUAAACCUGCCAUUGUUGAAAAGGAUAUGAAGGCAGUCAUGGGAGGGACCAUUUCUGAGGCAGAGUCAGAAAAACAGAAGUCUAUUUUGAAAAUGGUAACAAACAAAAUGACAAGCAGCAUCACCAUCUUCCCUUCUGAGCCAACAGCUCCAAGGACUGCUGCAGAUCCGUCAGCAAAGGAGAGGCAUGUUACCACCAGCAACAUCAGAGUUGCUCCUAAUGAGCCCUCUCCAAUAGCAAACAAUCUCCCCACCCCCUUCGAGAUAUCAAUCAAUAAAAAUGCUCUGAAAUUUUCUGAGAUGGACAGAACUGGAGAGGCAGCAUCCAGAACUAAGGCAGAAACAGUGGUCUCCAGAAGCAGCAUUGUAAUAAAGACUUCUGAGCUCCUGGAGAGGACCAGUGAGACGCCUGCAGAGACAACCAGCUGGAAGAGCCAUGGCUUUCCAGAUGCAGCUUCAGCAGAAACAAAACAUAUCACUGUGAGAAGUUCCUGGAGAACAAGACAAGGCUUACAUUCCUUGGAGGACUCUCAAACUGAAGUGGAGAAAAAUGCAGCUUCCAGUGCUACAAACAUGUGUAGGUCCUCAGUUGACCUCUCAGACAUGGCAGGGAACAGCAUAAGAAUGGACACUCUGGAGCAGAUCUCAACAAGGACCAGUGCCACGGCCAGCUUCUGGAGUGCCCCUGAGCUGGAGUCCCGAAGGACAAAAAGUAACUUGAGUGCUUCUGAGCUGCUGACACGCAGGAGCUACACCAGUGACCCUGCAGCUGCCUGCCAUCGUGCCACACCGCUCGGUGAAAGCAAAGACAUUGUGUCCAGUUCCAGAAGGAAACAAUCCAGCUCUUCUGAAUACCUCUCACAGACUGACACAGCAGGGAAGAGGUCAGCCAGCAAGGUGGAGCUGCAGGACCCUGAGUCCAGGCCCCAGGCACCACUGGAUCUCCAAGUGGAGGAGCAGGGUGCUCCCCGUGCCUGCCGGACGACAUCUCGGAGGUGAGCUGUGUCCUCCACUCCAAGAACACGUAUGCAGUGAGGCAAGAGGCAGGACAGCCUUGAGCUGUGGGCAUCACAUCUGCUGUAACCUCUUCAGAGGCUUCAGCCAGCCUGAAAACAGUUUGUUAAUGUGAUUUGCAAGGUACAGGAGCUUUACCCAUGAAUUCUUCUCCUUCAUUGCUGAAGAGGCAGCUGCAGAGACUUUGCUCAGGGGACUCUCACUUCUCAUCUCUGUACCUGCAAACAGUGUUCUCCAUGGGAUGAUAGGUGUGUCUCCAUGUGGGAAGCCUGGGCUGCACAGCAGCUCUGAAUGAUGGUACUGCUUGGACAAGAGAGAACUUGUUAAUUACCUGCAUUUAGACAAGAUCCCAGAGGUAUCCCUGUAACUACAGCCCACCGGCCCUUAACAUCUGUCCCACACGGCUUCACAACUGAAAACUUGCAGCUCCUGGGAGGAGUUUGCAUUCUCCUAACACACCCUUGGUGGCCAGACCUGUGGUCACGUCGGCAUCCUCUGUGUCUAGGCAGGAGGACACCAUUCCUCACUGGCUGCUUUACACAGUAAGAGGGGAGGUGAGCAGAGAAUGUUUAGAAGUGGUUUCUUCGCUGUUGCUGGCAGUCUCUGCAGCAAGCUUUGCAUGAUGCUCCUCAUCACCAGCUGAGAGCCUGCACCAAGAAGUCACUCACUGAGCCAAACCAACAGCAGUUCACGCAGCAGUGAAACCUUCUUCUGGCCUGGACUGUGGAGCUUCCUUACAUGAAGCUUUAUGUCCACCAUGCUCUGCAGGCAAGAACCCUGCUGCUCGUUGUAAGCAGCUGAGCUCCAAGGGCAAAAAGAAACAACCAGAAUGUUCUCGUUUCUUCCAAAGCCAGGUUGGAGACAGCAGGACUGGACCCCAAGCUGAGCUGCAGCAUGGCUCAGGGGGCAGUGCUUCCUUUUCCAAUCUUUAGGUGGUUUCCCAAUUUUAUAUUUUUAACCCUCUGUUUUUUGCAUUUCUUGGUGAGUAUUACCUUGCAGGAGACCAAAGGAUAAUUAUUCAAAAUAAGUGCUAAGUGGCAGCUCUAAUAAUGAUACAAUUAAAUGUUAUUAAAAUAUAUUCUAUCACCUACUCUCUGUUCCCAUUUCAUAGCAUGGCAGAAUGGGAUAAAUGUCACCAAGUAUAAUGGAAGAGAAAAUGAAACUGCAACUCCAAACUAAAAGCAAAAGGAAUUAGAAUGCUGACAUUAAAUUCAGGUUUCUGAAGGGCCUUCCCCUGCCCCACAUUGACCAGGAAAUGCUGGAAACCACUGCAGCUCCUGCAGUUUGAACCCUCAAUGGAAUUUUCUUUACGAGCCUGUGAAAUUGCAGUACCCGCCCUGAGCAGCUUGCUUGGCUCAGGGGUUACCUGCAUGGCAGGAUCACCAGCACCACCACACAAAAAGACACUUCUAAGAGCUUGCACAGCAGCAGCUUCCCCUGCCUCCUUCUGCACAGAUGCAGCCUUCGCACAGCUGCUGAACACUCCCAGCCUGACCAAAAGUGCCAGUCUCAGCAGCGCUCUCCUCUCAUGGGACUGGCUGGCUUGCUUGCUAUCGUCUGCCAACCUCGGGAUGCUACAUUGUGACUCUUUGACCUUAGUUUCAUGCUAAAGAAAACAUUUCCCUACAAAACUCACUAUGCUGCAAAUCCCCAGGUGGCUGCUCCAGCCUCUGUGCCCUCCACAGUUCCUGCUUGCUUCACCUGGGAGCACACAUGUCAGAGGGGUCUUGGCAUCUACCAGCUCCUCAGACAGCACAGUAAUUAUUUAUCUCCAUUUACAUUCCCAAACCUGCUCCUGUGCAGCUCUGCAGCCAUGCAAUAUGUGCUCAGUGACAGUCACCACAGAAGAACUGCUGCUGUCAACUUGCCUGGCCUUGCAGUGUGGUCCCGCAGAGAAGCAGUACCCCAAAGGGAGCCUUUCUCUGCCCCAUGUCACUGCUGUACAGGAUUUGUAGCUUCAUUUUACAAACAGCUGGCCAGCACACGUGCUCUGAAGAGGAAAAUGAUUGCUUUGAGCAGUGACUGUAUGACUUUUCUUCCCAGUGAUGAGCCCUGUCCACACCCUGCAGGACAGCUGGAGUGCUCAUACACAUCCUGCAGCUCUUUCCUUCUCAUGGGCUUGGCACGGAUCCAGCUUAGCAUGGUGCUUCCAAAGCUCUUUCUAAAGGAACUGGUUUCAAUCCUGGUCAGAAGAGCUCUCCAUCCCUGUGACAUGACACCCUAGAGUAACACAGGCUUCCCUGUACCUACCUACAGGACUCUGACACUGUUCAGCCCCACAGCUCACCCCAGUGACAGAACUGUCUGAAAUCCCAGCAGCAGCUGGGUUUGCCUUUCUAUCAGCCAGGACCAGGCCUUUUCAUUAGCCACAGGCAAUUGGAGGGGCUUCACCCUGCUGCCCAGCCAGCUCAGCAUGCAGCAGGAGCCCCAACUGCUGACCUAGCCAUGCAGCUCCUCUGGCUCUGCUCUCCUCAGGUGCUUCUCACAGAUGAUGCUUCUUUCUCCAGCUGCCUCAGUCACCUGGUCAAUAUUUCACAGCAUAUGCACUGAACUCCUGCUCUUGACUCAGCCUUGCUUGUAAAUAAUGAACACAGGUGUCACUCAGUAACUCUACACUGGGUUGUUUUUACUACAACUGAGAUUAAGUCUGAGAAAGAAAACCCUCUUUAAAACAGAAAGGGGCCUUGCCCUCUCACCACGAGUGCAAUAGAAGCCGACUGUGUUAUUAAACAUGCAGCAGUGACUUCAGGAAAUACGACGUGUUUGACCCAAAUUGCACACAGUUUGGACCAGCUGUAAAAUAGUCUGUCUGUAAAUAUUGCCAGCACUGAAGUAUCUGUAAUUUUAGCAUAUAAACAUUGCAGUUUUUGCAGUGGGCUUGAUGGUGCCACGAGGCAGUGUGCCAGGCUCUGGGGUAAUUCCAAAGUUGUAAAUGUCUUUGCUGUACAGAGGAAGUCUGCCAGUGCCCACUGCUCCCCAGCACACCGAGGUGCUGCUGCCCUGUGGAGAGCCAGCAGCUGGCUGCUUUGUGGAUCAGCUUCCUUUGUGUCCAAAACCAUCACACCAGCAUGCCUCUCCAGGCACUCAGGUAGCACGAAGGAGUUCAACCACCAGUCCCCAUGCAUUGUCAAACUGCUGCCCAGUGGACAGGCCAGGGACAGCCAUGGUCCUCCUGUGGACAGGACCUCCAGGGGAGGAAAAGGACACGAAGCACAGAGCUGAGUGGUGCUCCUUGGUGCUUCAAGAUCCUCAAUGAGCAAUUUCCUAGCUCUAGGAAGCAAUAGUCACACUGGUGUCAUCUCCAAUAAAGCAGACCUCAUCUCUGCCACCCUUGCACAUCACUGGAGUGGUGGAGACACUGCUCCAAGGCCAGCCUCCAGUGGACUGCUCUUUAUGAUGAAACAUGAAGCCAUUGUUUGCAGAUGCCUCUGAUGGUCAGUAACCUAAGGACCCAAAGGGUGAUCUUCCUAGGCUGCCUUCAUGCAGUGCAGGCUCCUGACUUGGGGACACAGCACUCUGGGCUGUGUAGAAUGUAUUUUUAAGAGAAUAAAUAUAUUUUUUUGUAUUUGGAGACAUAUAUUUGGGCUGGGGCAGCUUAGGUAGAAGACAACGCAAGACUCUUUUCAUGAGACGCAUCCAAGUUAAGCAGAUUUUCCAGGGUUGUUGCCUAUUCCCCUAAACCAAACUGUCCAACAGAGCUUAUCGGCACUGUCUCACCCCCUCAAAACUCGCCUUGUCUUAGCAUGCUCAACAGAGGGAAGCCAGCUCUUUCCUCCCCUGGCUGCCCAUGUAGUGGCCACAGAUGGUGCUCACAGAGCUCUUAGUCUGCAUGCCAAAUGUAAACACACACUUUAGCUGCAUGUCUCUCCUGACUCAAACACUGUCAGCUCUGCAGUAUAUAACCAAUAAAACUCUUCUCUUUUUA